AUGACCCCAGACAACUCACCAUCACAAAUACUCACGAGCACACAUCCCGUUCAAUCUCUACGUCAAAGGGCGCUACAAGUACUGGUGCAAAGUAUAGCUACCAUAGACAAUCUCAAUAUGCUCACCAAGGAACUAGCCGAUGAGUUGCUAAGCGACCUGUCCAAAACCACAACAGUGGAUUCGGGUCUAGCCAGGUUACUCGCGUCGGAACACAUUCCUAUAACGAAUAUACGUAUCGUAGAUGCGAAUGCGGUGGUAGGUGUGUCUAUGUUGCGUAAUCUAACUAAGUUAAACGCCUCACAUACGAGAUUGCUCGACCGGCAUCUCGAUACAUUACGUCCAUUAGCCUCCACACUGACAUCUCUCGAUAUAUCGCACUGUGCGGAGAUCACCUACCGUGGGGUCGUAAAGCUAACUAUGUUCACGCAAUUGGAGGCUCUGUUUUUGGAGCAUAUGAAUAAUAUUUUGACCAGCCCUGAGCAUCUGGUCCCCUUAGAACGACUUGUAAACCUUCGAACUCUAUCAGUGGCCGGUAAUACAGAGCUGCGACGCUUGCCGGCAACCCAAUUCAGCAAACUCGCACACUUACAGCAUCUGAACGUAUCACAUACUAAAAUAGAUUUUAAAGAGGUCAUCCGCGUAUUACGCAAAGCAAAGGGUAAUGCUGGAGGGGGUGAAAUAGUACCCGUACCCAAAAGGGAAAGGGAUAUUGUCGAUACCUCAGUGGGUACUGAGAGUUCUAAAGUACACGGAACGAAGCGAGCGAGAUUUGAUCAAAGCGUAGACACUCAUUCACAUACACAGUCUCCUGAACGUGCAAAGGCACCGUCGAUCCUGCAUAAGAGUCCAGGGAAGAGCACACAUGUGCCCGUGGUGCACUCUUCGGUUGCUACGCAACCAGUACAACCCAUGCCUAUCUCAGAGAUUCACAUAGACACUCCCGUUCUGAAGAAGAAUUCGAUUGGGCAUACAUUGCGAUACUUUCCAUAUCUGCGUACGCUGUUUCUAAACCAGCCCAAAUUGAAGGAAUUGCAGUUACACUUCAGUAAGGGAUGUAAUCGCUUACGAAUUCUCGGUCUUUCGAAUUGGAACCCCCGGCCAAUUGAGGCACCGGCAGCCGCAGAGGGUGAGGCCGAAGCAGCUGACAAUGUCGUUUCGGAUAAUAACGCGGAAGCGACACAACCGGAGGUAGAUCGGCCACAACCUGAGGUAAGUCCGUCACAGCCACAAGUAGGACGAGAAAGAAGUUCUGCAAUCACUGGAAUCACGAAUGGUAAUAGUAGUGCACGUGGACGGAAUUCAACAAUCCCGGGAGUUGAGGGCAGCAGUAGGAAUGGGCAAGAAAUUCGUGUGAACGAUGCUAGUAACGUGUCGGCAGUUCGGAACUCGGAUAUUGAGGCUGGGGUUAGUAGAGUUGGUUCGCCAGAGAUAGUAGAAGAGGAAGUGGAAGAUCCAAUUGAACAGGAAUUUUCGCUGCCACAUACAAUUCACACGCUUGUCUUGCAUAAGUGUACUAUUGAAAAUAAGGUGCUGGUCGAGAUACUACGUGCUAAUCCAGCUUUAAGGCGUCUAAAGGUCAUACACAACCCUGUGGUUACCAAGGAUUUGCACGAACUUGUGAGUCGAAUAGUGAAUAAGUUGAGCUUAGAGACCUUGGUGCUACAUGGUUGCUAUGAAGUCUUUGCCGGAGAAGAUGAAGCAGUGGUCUAUCAGCGAUGUACUGAUGACGUUCUUGAGGAGUCAACUGUUAGUGCUGACUCUGUCAAAUGGACUGAAUUUCGGUAAUCGGGUGAGAAAUACAACGAGUAAAGCGGGGAAUAAAGCAUUAGUUGAG